GGGAAAAAAAAAAAAAAAAGGAAAAACAAAAAGCAUCCUACAUGCUGAAGCCAUCUUGGUCGCACUGCUACACUCUGGAUUCCAGGACUCCAGGUCUUAUCACUAAGUGUCUGCAGAGAAACAGGCGCAGACACAAGCAGCUGAAAAACAGCCAGUGAAUCUCUGCAUCAGAGUAAGUGUUCAGUGGAGUAGCUUUGGACAAGAGCUCUAACAAGAGUGGAACGAUGUCUUCCAAGUUGAAGUGGCUGAUUGUGAUCCAGCUCCUGCUGAAUGAACAGGUUCUGUGCAGGGUCCCACCUCCUCUGACUCAGAGGAACACUCUGCUUCAAGGUGGAGUGGUGGAAGACACGGCCAAACAGGAUCAUCAGUCUUUCGUGGGAUCCCAAGACCAGCUCAGUCUCUCGUCUGCUGAAAAGACUGAUCCGGAGUCAGUGGCUGUGCAAAAAGAGGAUAGAGUGCAGGCUGCCAGACAUAUGAUAUCAGGCCUCAGGAAGAAGCUUCAGGGGCAGAUUCAAGAUCAUCUCCACAUUCAGAGGAAUGUCAGUUGUGAGGAACUUCUGUCUGCUAGCACCGUGGACGACCCAUUGUCCUCCAUGUUCCCCCAAGAGCUGCUGGGUCUCUCACUGGUUCCUGUGUUGGUGGUGGCAGGAUGCCCAAAGGAGGCAGAGACCCUGGUUCUGAAACUGUACGACCUGCUGGGAGUGGCGGAUGCGGAGGAGCUCCUGAUGGAAGUGCAAAGUCUGAUAGAAAGGAGGACGAGCAAGUCAGCAUCUACACCAGCACCUGCAUCAGCAGCAUCGUUUUCAGAGAGGGAUCAAGCAGGGCGCCACAUAGAGGCUGUGAUGUUUAACAUCCAGCAGCUGGUGAUGGUGGGAGAAGAAACCUCUAAGCAGGAAGGUCACUGUCAGGGUUGGACCAGGGUGAAUAGCACCGUGCUGGUGGGCACAGCUGUGGAGGGUGCCACAGGUGGACUGGAGGAAGCCGUGAACAACUGUGAAAGACUGGGAGUCCUGUGUGCUGGUGUGACCAACAGUGGAGUGCUCACACCUGGCAUGUACCAGGCAGUGCUGAGGAAAGGGAGUCGUAUCCUACCAUGUGACACCUCACGGUCUGAAUGUUGGAUCCGUCAGUGUAGUGCAGAGGAGGAAGAUGUUUGGAUCCCCGCUGCUUCGGGUCGACGGAUGAGGCGCAGCCCACAGAGGAGCUGUAUCAACAAAAGCGAGGAGCGUGUGUACAACGUUAUGGAGUGGAUCCCUGCGGUCAGCACUCUCUACAACCUCGGCACAGCGGUGUAUUAUGCCUCAGUCAACUGCUCUGAAACAGCCAAAGAGAGAGCCAUCCUCAGUGCCGUUGACCUGGGCACAGAUGCUCUCAUGGUUGCCACAGGUGGAACUGCUGGCGUAGCAGGUUACGCUUUGGGUGCAGGGGUGAAGACGGGUGUGAAAGCUGGAGUCAAGUAUCUGCUCAACUCCAUGAAGCAGGAAGACGACCUGCUGGUGAACCAGUUCAGCUGGGAGGAGGGCGUCAUCACCAUCCAGUAGACUGAAGGAUCAAUAAAUCAAUCUGUGAAAUUCUAAUUAGUUUAUUUAAGUUUAUAUUAGUUUAAUUUGUUUCUUUUAAAAAACAGUGAAACAGGAUCAAUAUUUGUUAACUGACAUGGCUGAAGAGUAAUAGAUUGGGUUACCAGACGUAAUAUAAUCCAGAUUAUACGGAAAACAAGAUUAGACAUUAUUGUGUUACUCAGUGGAUUAUCAGAAUCACAUCUUGAAAGGGGAAAAAAGCUUUUUUCUAUUUGCACAAACCUCAUUUUACACAAUUUGACACAAUACUUUUUCUUCAGUGAAGUUGUCAGUGUCAGUUUUCACUUAGUCUGUAAAUUUAAGUAAAUUAGUGUUGCUGUUUAAUCUCUCUGAGGAAGAAAAUGAAAGGAAUAUAAAUAAAAAGUAGAUUACAUUAUGCAUUACAGUAACUGUGAAAGAUCUCAGUAAUCUAGGUUUGUAACAACAGGUAGCCCCAGAGAGCAGGCUUUGAACUUUUGCUUUUAGAAAAACGUCUUUUUUUUUGUUUUUAAUAAAUAAAAUAGUUGAACAAUUUAUCAUAUUAAGCAGCAACAUUUGAAGAACUGGUCUCAGGAAACUAAGCCCUUAAACCCUCAAGAUUUUGAUGAUUUUGUCUUCCAUCCUCCAGCAUCUUUCCUCCUCUUUACUGCUCCUCUUCCUUACCUGUGCACUAUUCUUCCUUCUAUCAAAACCAUUUGUCAGACACAUUGUCACCUCUGGUGUAAUUGCAGGGACUGUAGACUGGGAACUAAAUGCUAUUGUUUUCAGUGUUUUUCUUUAAAUGUUAAUAAUGGCUCAUUAAAUGUGUGUGCA